CUCCGCGGGGUUUCCGAGGAGGGUAGAUUUGUUGUUGCUGUUGAUCUUUGAAGUUCAUUGAGGACAGAGCGGGAGUGAUUUGAGGCUCUCUCGUCGUGGUUUCUUUGCCUGUCUGUGCACGUACUCGCCCUGGUGUCGAUGUGGACAUCUUCAGCCCUCCCGCCAGCCUGCUCGCCGGAGUCUGAAUCAGCUGUGGCUGCCACCCGCGGGUCCCACACCAGGCCCGGUCUCCCCCUGAAUUCUGAGCAGCGAGCGAGGUAGCCUGCGCCAUGUUCUGCACGAAGCUCAAGGACCUCAAGAUCACGGGGGAGUGUCCUUUCUCCCUCCUGGCCCCAGGGCAGGUGCCACAGGAGCCUGCAGAGGAGGCGGCAGGGAGCGACAAAGCCGCUGUGCCUGUCUGCCAGUAUGUUCCUGAGAAGAAGGUGCAGGAAAGCCUUCCUCACAGGAAGACCAGCCGCAGCCGGGUCUAUCUUCACACUUUGGCAGAGAGUAUUUGCAAGCUGAUUUUCCCGGAGUUUGAACGGCUGAACCUUGCACUUCAGAGAACACUAGCAAAUCAUAAAAUAAAAGAAAGCAGGAACUCCUUGGAUAAAGAAGACUUUGAGAAAAUGAUUGCAGACCAGGCAAUUGCAGCGGACCUGGCCGUCCUGCAGCUGGGCAGCGGCCUGGGGCGGCUGGUGAGCAGGAGGGACCUGCAGGGGAAGCCUCGCUUCGGGGAGUACUUCGAGAUCCUGAGCCCCAGGGUCAGCCAGACCUUCAGCGGGAUCAUGACCAUGCUGAACGUGCAGUUUGUGGUGCGCGUGAGCAGAUGGGACAGCUCGGCCAAGAGGGCUUCGCGGGUCAUGGAUCUCAAAGGCCAAAUGAUCUACAUCCUCGAAUCCAGCACAAUCUUGUUCUUGGGCUCCCCCUGUGUGGACAGAUUGGAAGAUUUCACGGGACGAGGGCUCUACCUGUCCGACAUCCCCAUCCACAAUGCGCUGAGGGAUGUGGUGUUGAUAGGGGAGCAGGCUCGUGCGCAGGACGGCCUGAAGAAGAGGCUGGGGAAGCUGAAGGCCACCCUGGAGCAGGCCCACCAGGCCCUGGAGGAGGAGAAGAAGAAGACGGUGGACCUGCUGUGCUCCAUAUUCCCCAGCGAGGUUGCCCAGCAGCUGUGGCAAGGCGAGGUGGUGCAGGCCAAGAAGUUCAGCGACGUCACCAUGCUUUUCUCAGACAUCGUGGGCUUCACGGCCAUCUGCUCCCAGUGCUCCCCUCUGCAGGUCAUCACCAUGCUCAACGCGCUGUACACUCUCUUCGACCAGCAGUGCGGGGAGCUGGAUGUCUACAAGGUGGAGACCAUCGGAGAUGCAUACUGUGUGGCUGGGGGCUUACACAGGCAAAGUGACACCCAUGCUGUCCAGAUAGCGCUCAUGGCCUUGAAGAUGAUGGAACUUUCUGACGAGGUCAUGUCUCCACAUGGAGAACCCAUCAAGAUGCGAAUUGGACUGCACUCUGGAUCAGUGUUUGCUGGAGUCGUUGGAGUUAAAAUGCCCCGUUACUGUCUUUUUGGAAACAAUGUCACUCUGGCUAACAAAUUUGAGUCCUGCAGUGUGCCACGGAAAAUCAAUGUCAGUCCAACGACCUACAGGCUACUCAAAGACUGCCCUGGCUUUGUGUUUACCCCUCGAUCCCGGGAGGAGCUUCCACGCAACUUUCCCAGUGAAAUUCCCGGAAUCUGCCAUUUUCUGGAUGCUUAUCAUCAAGGGACAAAUUCAAAACCAUGGUUCCAGAGGAAAGAUGCGGACAGUAGCAGUGCUCACUUUUUAGGCAAAGCAUCAGGCGUAGAUUAGUAGGCCAUGCGCUUGUUGGUUGCUCUAUGGGGCCUGACUUCUUUGAGAAGGUGCAGAACCACGGAAAGCACUUUAGGAGGCAGGAGGGUCAUGAGCAGCCUCGGUGUGGGGAGUGAACUCAGCCUGUUCUGUCUUUCAUUUAACGUGACAAAAAUGCAUUCACUUCAGUUCUUCAACUUUUCUGUCUAAGAGAAACCUCGGAAAGUGACUUUUGGGGCCGUAGUUCUGUUUUAUACCAAUCGCUUCCUGCCCGCGCUCUAAAUUCAGAGCCGAGUGUGUUUGGGGUCAUUGUAGUCAGCUGGGCAGGGUGGCGUGGCCGCCCUGUGCCCGGGUGCAGUGGUGCAGUUGUUACUGUCUUUGUGGUCGCGUUGCCUCAGAGAAGCUCUGCCCGGGAGACCGCAGUCCUUCUACUGUGAGUUCUUUCGGCCUCUUAACUCUGCAGUUCAUCUUAUUUCCUCACUUAGCUCUUAGCGCAAGUAAUGAAACAGGCUGAGCCAUGUUUUCUUCAUUGCAUCUUUUUGUUGUUUUUGCUUCUUUUGUUUCUAGAAAAUGAGCAACUAGAGGUUAUAUGCAAUAGGAUAUGAAAUAGUACUUCUGUAAAUGUCAAAGAAUAUUUUCAGUUUUUAAAGUAAAAAAAUAUUCCCCAUAAUACAUUAUUAUGAAAUAAAUAUAUUCUUUGGGUCGACAUUUAUUAUUUUUUAUUCUCCACCUGGUAAAGGCCAUUUCACUUGAAGUUAGCAGUUUAAUUCUUAUUAUUCAUUCAAGUAUCAUAACUGUAAAAAUAUUGAAGACAAUAGCCUUGGGGCCGGGGAUUUAGCUCAGUGGUUUGGUGGCCUGCCUUGCAAGCGCAAGGACCUGAGUUCAAUCCCGGGUACCAAAACAAACAAACAAAAGACAAUAGCCUAUGUUUAAGUGCAAUACUAUUCUAAUUUAAUUUAGCCAGGAGUGAAAUCGGAUUAAAGUCUGACCACAAAUGCACAAUCCUUUGUGUGUGUAUGCACACACACACAUAGGCACACACAGAGAAUAAUUUGGAUGUCUUUUAGCAGAUGUUCUCUAUCGCCAUUCUGAGCCAUGGUAAGGUUCCAAGAAGAAAAUCUAAUUCCAGAAGUGAAAAAUGAGACUUUUCUUCAUCAUUUUUUGGCAGCUCAUUUUUCUUGAAUACUCGUGCUGACCAUUUGGUUGUGUGUAUACGUACUAGCAAUCAAGAUUUUGUGUGACAAGUAGACAUCUGUGAAUUUUUUGGUUGAAAUAUCUUGAUAAUUUCCUCUCAGGAGACCCCUAGUGGAGGGAGAGGUGGCAAACAUCUCUUUUGGCUUGCUGGGGUCAGAAGCUGGGGCUUUGCACCAACCUGGUGAGUGUUCUGCUACCAAGCUGCAGCUUCAGCCCUGAAGCUUGAAUCUUUAUGUUUAAUGAAUAUUUUUAAAUGUUCUGAGUUUGGUUUACAAAAUGGCUUAAUUUUUAAAAGAGAACAAAUUUAAAAGCAAGAGAAAUGUGCACAUUAGCGUUUUUAAAUCAGCAUUAGCAGGACAAUACAUGUGCUGACUUAUUUGGAGUUCUGUGGCAUAGUUCAGCUUAAAGUUUCUUAGCCCAGUGUGGUGGCCCAUGCCUGUAAUCCCGGCACUCGGGAGGCUGAGGCAGGAGGAUCGC